AAUGCAUAAAAUCAUGUAGAUACAGGUCAGGAGCUUCAGUUAAUGUUUGCAUCAAACAUCAGAAUGAGGAAAAGUGUGAUCUCUGUGACUGUAACCGUAGCAUGGUUGUGGCAGGAAGUCUACAGUAACUCAAAUAAGCACUCUUUACAGACUCUUUUUAGAUUCUUGUUCUUGGCUUACAGGAGUGGAACCCAAUGUGCUCUUCUGCUGUUGUAGCCCAUCCACCUCAAGGCUUGAUGUUUUGUGCAUGCUGAGAUGCUUUUCUGUUCACCACAGUUGUAAAGAGUGAUUAUUUGAGUUACCGUAACCUUCUUGGUGACUUGAAUCAAUCUGGCCAUUUUCCUCUGACAUCGCUCUUCAACAAGGCGUUUCCACCCACAGAACUGUCGCUCUCUCAAUGUUUUUUUUUGUUGUUGUUGUUUUUCACACCAUUCUGUGAAAACUCUAGAGACUGUUGUGUGUGAAAUUCCCAGGAGAUCAGCAGUUUCUGAAAUAAUCAAACCAGCCCAUCUGGAACCAACAUCUAUAUCAUGGUUAAAAUCACAGAGAUAACAUUUUUUCUUUAUUCUGAUUUUUGAUCUGAACAAUAACUGGAGCUCUUGACCUGUAAUCUGCAUGAUUUUUUGCAUUGUGCUGCCACCACAUGAUUGGCUGAUUGGAUAACUGCAUGAAUGUACAGGUGUUCCUAAUAAAGUGGAGGAUGUGUGUGGACACACACACACACACACACACUGUGUGUAUAUAUAUAUAUAUUACACACACACAUGCACAAGAAUAAUAUGUAUUAAAUAUAUGAUCUUAGCAGCUGCUAAAACAAACGCUGAGCUGAGCUAGUCAAACUGGUAGAUAGAACCAGUUUCUAAAUUACUGCUAUGAAUGUAACAGUUGUUUUAAAGAAAAUUACAUGACAGCAAUGCAGUUAGAAAAUUCUAACUAUUUACUGAUCAAUUUAAUGAAGUAAUUAGGAUGCUGGAAAAUAACUUAGCAGCUUGUAAAGAUGGUCUACCAGCUUGACUGGUUCAGCCUGUGAUCUUGCGGCUGAUAGCCUGUCAGACCAAGCUUGAUUUUUCAGCUGGGUAAUUAGUUAUCUUAUAUUUUAUUAUAUUACUUUCACUAACUGGACUAGUAGGUUAUAAUAUAGUAAGUUAUAUAUAGAGUAAUAUACUGCAGUGUAGCCUUUUAAUAUCUUCUCACAGCAGCACAUGCAAAGAGCACACCUGUCAUAACACUAAGCCAAAUCACACUGUGUGAUUUUCGCCUGGAGAUUGCUGUUGCAGACAAAAAAAUGACAGACAUGCUCACUGGCAGCUGAUUUAGCACCAUUGCGACCAAAGACAACUGACGACAAAGCAGUGUCAGAAAUUUUCCUUUAAAAUCUCAGAAUGUGACUUUUACAGUGACACUCGUUUAAAAGCCACCAGGAAGACGGCACAGGAGUUACAAUGGCCAAACGUAAAUGAAAACAUGCUAAUGGAGCUAUUAUCUCCAGCCCACUUUGAAGAAUCUUUCUGUUAGACAAGUGGCCAAGGCGAGCCAGGAGAGAGAGAAUCUGGGGAUGUUGGUGUGGAUUCCUAACCAGACUCUGCCAGAGUCUAAAUUGGAUGAGUAUAUUGCAAUAGCCAAAGAGAAACAUGGGUACAACAUGGAGCAGGCAUUGGGAAUGCUUUUCUGGCACAAACACAACAUAGAGAAGUCUUUAGCAGACCUGCCCAACUUCACUCCUUUCCCUGACGAAUGGACAGUAGAGGACAAAGUGCUGUUUGAACAGGGUUUCAGCUUUCACGGCAAGACUUUCCACCGCAUUCAACAAAUGCUUCCAGACAAGUCUAUUGCAAGCCUUGUUCGAUUCUAUUAUUCCUGGAAGAAAACACGCAGCAAAACCAGUGUCAUGGACCGUCAUGCACGCAAACAGAAGAGAGAUCGUGAGGAGAGCGAUGACGAGGCUGAUGAGACAACCUGCAACUCUCCAGGUGACACAGAAUUUGAAUCAAACAAGGAGGAAAAAAAAGAGGGUCCAUCUGGACUUGAAAAACAGGAUACAAAACCUGCACUUGUCCAGAAGACAGCGCCUCUCACAGAGAAACCAGCUCACGUUAAAAAGGAAGCACAAGGUCCAAGGAACCACCACCGGGCCAAGAGAAAGCCUCCCAAAGGCAUGCACCUGAACCAGAGUGAUGUGACUGCCAUGUCGAGCAGUGGCCCAGCCGCAGCCAGCGUUCUCAGGCAGCUGGACAUGGAGCUCAUCGCCAUUAAACGACAGAUCCAGAGCAUCAAACAGAACAACAGCGCCCUGAGAGAAGCGCUUGAUACAGGGGUAGAGGAGUUUCGACCUCCUGAGUCUAAUUUAAGCGCACUGUUUUCAAAGGUGAAUCAGAAAUUCAACACACGCUGGACUACAGAGGAGCAGCUUCUUGCGGUACAAGCUAUAAGGAAAUACGGAAGAGAUUUCCAGGCCAUUUCUGAUGUCAUCGGCAACAAGUCUGUGGUGCAGGUGAAGAACUUCUUUGUAAACUACCGUCGUCGCUUCAAUUUGGACGAGGUGCUGCAGGAGUGGGAAGCCGAGCACGGCGUGGAAGCCUCCAAGAGCUCGGAGGAAGAGAAAAUGGAGGUGUCAUCUGAGGAAGGAACCACCACACCUGUACCACCAGAGGACCAGAAGGAGGAACCUAUGCCCACAGAAGCACAGACCCCCUCUGCCUCUUGAGUGCCCACAUGUGAGAGAUCAGAUGCUCCUGAUCCAAAUGCAAUCUACAAUCCAGUUGAAGGCAUGUUGUGCUGAAGAGGCACCGACUCGUACCCACCAUUCCCACCAGUCUCCUUGCUGCUGCUCCUUUGACUCAGCUGAAAUCUAUGAUUCUUACAUGUCCUACAAAGUGGAUUCUCAACUGGCCCAACCCAGGAAUAAGGAUAGUCUUUACUUUUGUAUUGUCACUGCCAACAGGAAAUAGUCUCUCUGUCAGGUCAAUGUUGUGCCUGGUGCUGCAAGCGCUGUAUUCACUGAACCUUCAGAAACACCGAAGACGCUGGAUGGAUUUUCUGAUCUUCUCAACGACAGAGGAAAGCUUGACUUCUGUUGAAUAAACAUUGUUUCGGUCUCCCUGAUAACUUGCUAGUUACUUUAGUGUAGCAUCCAACUCUUGCAUAAGUUUUGUUCCUUAUCAGUUUGUACAGUGAUCAUAUUUAGUAUGUUUGAUUUUAGAUGAGUUGUCAUUAUUGCUAUCAUGACUUAAGCUAUUCAUCUAUUUAUUUGCUUAAUAAGUUGUUUGAAAGGAAUUAAUAGUUUUUCCAAUUAUGAAAGAGCCUGUAUUGAAGAGAUGCAUAGCCUUGGUUGUAUUCAAAAUCCAACCUGUGAUUCUGUUAAUUGGUAGGACAACCAGCUUUGGUGCUGCAAGUAAAAGAGAUUAUUAACUGCCUUUAAAGAUAUGACAGUGAAGUUUGUUAGCAAAGUUAGGAUUUUUAUUUAUUCAUCCCUGUAAGGCAUGUUUAACAUGUAAUUAAGUGAUUUUCUUCUAGUGAACCAAACAAAUGCAGACGUAGAAUGAUUUACUGCCUCUUUUUCUCCCUCAUAUUGGCUCUCCCCAGUUCCUCAGUGAUGCGCUACAGUGAUGAAUACAGACAUUACUGUGGAACUGAUGACGACUUGGUCUUGUUGCAGCUUGAAAGCAAAUACAAGUUCAGCUUUAUUUUAAAUCCAUUUUAAAUUCUGGACAGUUGGAUGGAUAGAGCCAUUUAAAUGACCAGAAAUUAACUAUUGAAUUAUGGAUAAAUGGAUUAAGCAGGUGUAUGUGUUAAAAUAUUGAACUUCCCAUUUAAGAUAAUCAAAUCAUUGAAUUCAAAAUGCAAAAUCUUUUUAAUUGAUUUUGGUAUUUUUAAAUAUAGUGGUUCAGUAUAUCAGGUUCUCACCUAAUUAGAAUUUAAGUAAGUUGCUUACAUAAUUCAUUAAGAAAGAGGCUUAAUAAUGGACAAUUAAUAAUUGUUGAGGGUUACAUGUGAAUAUUGCAAAAUAAAUAUGUCUUUAAAAGCGAUUUAACUAGGACUCUUGACUAAAUACAGGCUGCCUGUAAUAGUACGCUGGAUUUUUAUUAUAUAUAUAUUUUUUAAUAUUAUUUUUGGUAUAUGCUUUUCUCUUGGGUUUUUAAUGAUGUGUAUGAAGGUCUGUCUUGCAUGCAUGGGCAAUUAUUUGGUGAACUUGGUCCAAGUUUGAAGGUAUGUUCUCCAGUAAAAUAGGAGGGGACGUGUGGAUGCAAUUUGUUUCAAUUAUCAAAAGCACUACAGAGUAAUAGAUGCAGGCUACUGAGUUUUGGACAAAAAAAUGUCAAAUCUGUCCUGAGGUUAUUUUUUUUUUCUCCAUUCAUGUUCAUUUUCUUUCUGUGCCAGAACCACAAAUGGGAGGACUGAUUUAGUUUUGUGUGUGUGUGUGUGUGUGUGUGUGUGUGUGCGCGCGAGCGUGCGUGCGUGUGCAUACAUGCUUCAGUGUGUUUUUUGACAGUACAUUCUUUGCCCACAUAUAACCGGUUUGUCACUUUAGCAACAGAAUAAACCAAUGGGAUUUAACCAAAUAA